AUGGCGAUGCGGCUCGUGUCCCCCUCCACGCCGCCCCCACUCUUCCCGAUCCCCGGCCCGAAGGCACCCGCCUCCGUCUCCGCAUCAUCUUCCUCCAACUCCUCCGUCCGCUUGCGCCGCGCGCGCGCGGCGUCUGCAGCGGCUGGCGCGGCCGCGGCGGGCGGGUCCGACCGGGACGGCGGACGCUUCGAGGGGGAAGCGAUGAGCGGGGCAGUCUACAGGGGCCUCGCGGAGAUCGCGAGGAAGGUACCGCCCUUCGAGCCCGCAGCGGACGGGGAGCUCGCCGCCGCGGCCGGCGAGCGGCUGCUGCCUAUCAAUCUCGAGCUCUGGCUCUACCGCGUCAAAGUGCACACCAGGAAGUUCGAGUUCCCUGAAGCAGAGAAGCUUCUCGACAAGAAGGCUGUCCAGGCUAGUCCUAAAAACCAUUUCUCAUGGCAUGUUUGGGCGCUAUUUGAGGCAAAUGAAGGUAGUAUUGACAGGGCAAGGAAGUUGCUUAAGAUUGGACAUGCUGUAAAUCCUAGGGACCCUGUAAUUCUCCAGUCACUUGCACUGCUGGAAUACAACUUUUCAUCUGCGAAUGUUGCUCGUGUGUUAUUCAGAAAAGCAUCUCAGAUUGAUCCAAGGCAUCAGCCAGUUUGGAUAGAUGUUCUGCAUGGAUAUACAAUUACUUUCAGUAUGAUGUUGUUUCUUGCACUUCUUACCACUAGAGGAUAG